CAUACUUUCUUCGCCAACCCUGUUUUGUUCAGUCGUUGUAAGGAACUUUCUUUUCGGAAUAAAUUUUGAGUCUUUACGGUGCAGUUGUAAUAAUGAACGGACAAUCGUCCGGAGAGUUGUCCCAAUCCGGCGCCGGCAGCUUGGCGCUGCUGAAGGGUUUGACGCGCGACGAGAUUUUGGAGGUUUUAGCCGAGGGGUUUUGCCAGCACUGUGAAGCUCGGUUGGAGAAACGGAUUCGUGGAUUUUCAUCCAACAAAAAAGUGAGUGAAUUGAGUUUAUCAGACAACGGUAGUCAAGGUUCUGCAGAGUCAUUAUCUAGCCUAAAUGGUUCAGAAUGUUCUGUACCGUGGCCUCGCGUACAACUUUCUGAGCCCUUGGACUCGACCAGGACGCCUGAAUCCGUGAGCACACAGUCAGCUUCUGAAAUAAUGCUGAAUGAUGGACUCAGUGAAGUGUCAUCUGUGACUGGCAAUGGAUUGUCAGAGGAGCAAAAGGAGCAGGUGAGGUUGUCACAAGUUGGCAGGAAAAAGGACUUUGUUCAUAUGGAGAGGAUACAGGGGAAAAACAUUAAUGUGGUUCAAGGACUCGAGCUUCAUACUGGGGUUUUCAAUGCUGAGGAGCAAAAGAAGAUUGUGGAAUGUAUCUACGAUCUACAGAGAAUGGGCCGGAAGCAGCAGCUUAGAGAGCGUACCUAUUCAGAGCCUAGAAAAUGGAUGCGUGGGAAAGGGCGUGUGACAAUACAAUUUGGUUGCUGUUACAAUUACGCAGUGGACAAGAAUGGGAAUCCUCCUGGUAUAAUUAGAGAUGAAGAAGUUGAUCCCUUACCUCCGUUGUUCAAGCAAAUGAUCAAGAGGAUGGUCAGGUGGCAUGUUCUGCCUCCAACAUGUGUUCCUAACAGCUGCAUUGUGAAUAUAUACAAUGAAGGAGAUUGCAUUCCUCCUCACAUCGACCACCAUGACUUUGAUCGACCUUUUUGCACUGUCUCCUUCUUGACUGAGAGCAACAUACUUUUUGGCACAAAUUUGAAGAUUGUGAGUCCUGGAGAAUUCUCAGGACCAGUCUCAAUACCUUUGCCUGUGGGAUCAGUGCUCGUUCUGAAGGGUAAUGGAGCUGAUGUUGCCAAGCACUGUGUUCCGGCUGUCCCAGCAAAAAGGAUAUCUGUUACAUUCCGGAAAAUGGAUGACAGCAAGCUCCCAUACAGGUUUUCCCCUGAUCCAGAGUUGUCCGGAAUUCAGCCAUUUGUCAUCUCUCCCAUGAUAAGGUCCCCAUCUACAUGGAGCCAGAAUCAAUAUCAGAGGCCUGUUGUCCAGUCUUCCUUUCUCAAAUCCAUGGUCCAACAAACUCUGCAUCAAAAUAGUAAACUUGUAAGGAAUAAACCCGAGACCACAACAACAACAAACAACAGCUCCUUCCUCGAUAUGACAGAUGAUUUUCCUCCCCUUGGAUCAUCAAAUUCCCGGAACACACAGAAGGAAACCAGAGCAGGAUCAAGGCAAUAAGGUUAAUUUCUUCAUUGAAAAUUUUUCCAACCAAUACAAGAGAUUAUUGUGUAUUUUCCUAAGCUAAUUCUUUUUAGAAAUUAUAAGAUUGAUGUAUUAGACACUGAUGAAUUAUUCCUAUAACAAAUUCCUGAGAUAUAU